ACGAUUUCAUACAUAUUUUGCCGAAAUAAAAUUCAAAUAAUGAAUAAAAAGCGGAAUAAAGCCUACGAUAGAGUAAUGUCUCGUGUACAUAGCAAUUCUGUUGCUAGUUUAAAUGCAAAUCCUGUCGUAAUGAGGCACGAAGUCCCGUCGUCAGUUCGAGUUGGCGCCAAAGCAUCUGUUUCGAACGUUAGUUCUAGUGUUUUUAGUGAACUCCCAACGGUUUUAAAUGAAUAUGUUCCUGAAAAUAGUGAGAAGAGAGGGGAAAGUAGUGCGAGAAGGUCUCGGGUAGUGAAACCAAGGCGGACGUUAAAAUCUAUGGACACUUCUAAGUCUCCACCGCGUACGGUGUCGAAGGGAAGGCCUGAGCCCCGCAUGCUGAAGGCACAAGCGUCUUCGCCGUGUAUGAACCGCGAUGAGAUGUGGUCGGAUCAUCAUGUGAGGCAAUGUUACUCUAGUAGGUCUCACACUAAAUUAAAGGAGUUGAAGGAUGAAAUCCGUGCAUUCCAUGAAACUGAGAAGUUCAUGAAGCUUCGUAGUCACCUGUACAAGAAAUGUGGAGUGGUGUUUGAUGAUGAGGGGCUGGUGGCAACCGACAAGGCUGUGCAAGCUGAUGUGGAGGAUGGAAAGAAAUCAGAGGAGUUAAGAUCGGAGCAACGGGCCGGGCGAGAGGAUGCCCGAGCCGCUAUGCCUGACCAACAGAUGAGGUCCGGAACACCUCGCUACCCAGUCGAUAGAUAUUUGGUUGAGAGCAGCAAUACUAUUGAAAUGGUGAAUAUCAUGGAUGAUGAGCUAUGGCGGUCGGAGCCGGCGCUACGGCCCGAAGAUGAACUCAUCCUGCGGCGGCUGCACGACAUGCUGCAGACCACCGCCGACGACCUCAAGCUGCUCUCAGGAGAACUGGCCAAGUACCACCAGCCCGGUGUCCAAAUCAAAACACAACCCACACCUCUAGACGAAGAAUUCAACGAAAAAGUUCACAUAGAAGAACUCGUCAACGCCAAAUUCCACGGCUACAAAAUUGUAGACAAUCCCACACCAAUCACACCGACUGGACCUAAAGUAGUUGCUAGUUCAAAACCCAAUGUCAAUACUGGGGUCCAAGUAGAUUCAACGACGACGGCUAAUAAACCAGUUAAACGUAGGAACUUAGAAAUAACGCGUACUAGGAUAUUAGAAAUAGAUGAAAAAAUAGAUAAAGAUACAAAGCAAAAAUUGAACAAUGGUAAAGUCAUUAACAAUGCAGCUGCAGUAGCUUAUAAUGAAUUCACUUAUCAACACGUAGAACCUCAAGUCAAAACUAUUAAGCAAAAUAAGUUAAAAGUCCAAGAUAUGCCAAGUAUCAAUAUUAGAAGUGAAUUGAAGGAGCAGAAAGUGUUGCAGUUGGAUAUUUUCCCCGAUAGUCAAGAGAAGACAGAGAAUACUGGAAACAAAAACGUCGCUGUAAUUGCAUUUGCUCACGAAACUUCAGUACAGAAACAACAAGACCCACAAAUAACAUUAACAAACAAAGGACAAACUUCAUCCUCGCAUCAAGUUCAGGUUACAAGACGAAGCCUAUCACAAACAUAUAUUAAGAAAGAACCAAUUAGAAAAGUAUCUAAAAUGUCAACGUGUGAAAGUAGCGAAUCCACUAAUAACGUCAGUUCGGAUACUCGACAUAAUAUAAAAACCCAAAAACAAAUCAAAUCUGUUAUAAGAUCGUCACCAAAUAUUUCGGCUCGCGAUCGUGUAAAAAGUAAAAAGACUAGUGUUAAUAAUAAGGAAUCUGACAAACGUACUCAUUUCAACCUUGAUGAUUGGAAAAGGAAACUGAGUGUAGUUUAUGGCCAACCGUCUUCAUCUAAAAAUAGUAAAUCUAAACAAGCCAAGAAAUCCCCGAAAAUAUCGAACAUACCAGCCUCCAGCACCUGCAAACCAGUCAGGAAUCAAUUGAAUAACGGUGAAUAUAUACCGUAUUCUCACUUAACUCUAGGAGGAGUUAGAGUAAGUGACGUUGAGAAAGAAAUAGGAGAUGUUGCCAACAAAAAUGACAUACCUUUAACUCCUAUUAUUGAUAAACUAUUAAGCAGUCGAGAAAAUUCAUUUCAUAAAGAAAGCCCUAAGAAAAAUAAAAAAGAUAGUCGGAGGAUAUUUACCACAUCAGACGAAAACCUGUUGCAAGAGGUAAUAGAUAUAGAAAGAGCUGUAAGUACAACUAUUGAAAAGAAUACUAAGAAAAAAGUAGAUAAAAAAGAAAAUAAAUUACAAAAUGUGUCUAGUGAAAGUAAAGUGGAAGACAAUACAGAUAGCUAUGCUGAUGAUUUUGAGGAUGAAAACACUGAAAAUACAGAAACAAAUGCAAAGAAAGACAACGAUAAUUCUAGUCAUUCGGGUUCAAAACAACAUAGAGGCAACAAUACUAAUAGUGAGAGUGGUGACGAUUCUGAUAGUGAUAAUGGUGACAACAAGCCCAAUCGGAAUAAAACUCAAAUACAUAACAGAACCUAUACAAAAAAGUCUAACCUAUCAAUAAAGAAUCAGGUAGAUGUAUUCGAAUUUGUACAUUCGGUUGACACACAAGACAGUGCUACACAAAGUAAUACAACGCAUAAAAUAUCACUCAAAGAAACUCAAACCUCUCCUAGGAAUGAAAAACCCAAAAUAAAUCCUAUUCACAAUGAUCUGUGGCCUGCUGAUCCAAAAGGGGAAGUUGAAAAGAUGUUUAAAUUAGAAAAGGACUUUAUAAAAAAGCUUAUUUUAGAAGAGUACGGGGAUUUUUUUGAGAAAAACAUUAAUAAACCGUCUACCUCGAAAGAUGCUGCGGAAGGACAGCAUAACAAUGUCACAGCGACGCAGAAGAUUACUCAGACGUCUCCUGCACGCGCUAAAAGUGUGAUGACGUCACCAACUAGAACAAAAACUAGGACGACAUCACCCUUUAUGUCUUUAACCGUCGACCACCAAACUAGCCCAAUGAUAGUUGUCACCAAUGAAGAGCAUUUGACUGUUGAAGUUAAUAACGAGGAAGAUAGUAUAUCCAUCAAUUUGUCAUCACCUAGAUUCAGUUUACGAUUACCGCAGACUUCUCGCGAGGUUUUAUCUAACCUUGAAGUGUCCAGUUUAUCACCCAGCAAAGUAGAGCAGAAAGACAAAGCAGUCCUAGCUAAGGCGUUUAGAAAGAGCUCGAUAAGUAGUUCUAGUUCAGAGGUAGAAAAUUCAUCAGAAAUGAGUAGUUUAGGGGAAGUUAGAUUGAAACUGAAAAGAAGGUUUAAGAAGCGAGUAAAAACGAUAUCCGAAUCAAGCGAGACGUCGUCUACUUCGAAGUAUAGUUCAGACAUACCAUCCGGGGGCAUAAUACCAUUACGAAGUGAAGGGGAAGUUAGCUUAGGACAGAGGGUAAGGAAAGUAUCGAAUAAGACGAGUAAAAGUGAAGGUGAAACCAGUUUAGGGAGAUCUAAAUGAUAUAUAAGCAUAAUUUUGUUUCUAUUUGUUCAAAAUCUAUCAUGUGUUCUGUUAGUGUUGAUGUUUGAUUGUAUUGUGUUAACAAUUUUGCGCCGGCUAUGAAAUUGAAUAUUGUUGAGAGAAUGGUGUUAGGUAAUACAAUAUAAAUAAGUAAUAUUUUUCUAAUAAUGUAAUCAAUGUGCUUGUUCGUUGUUCACCUCCAGUACAAAUCUAGUAUCACAAUGUCGAUUGUGAUAUUUUUUUAAUUUACGUUUAAGUAAAUUGUUUUAAUGUAUGUAAGUCUAUUUUUUUACUGCGCCAUUUAUCUGUAUGCUAUUAUAAGUUAGCGAAAUUCUGUAAUGACUGAAAUAAUUAAAUAUAUUAAUUUUGAA